UAAAAUAGAGGUGCUAAUGAGCGGAAGGAAACAUUUUGUGGAGAAGAGGUAUAGUGAAUUCCAUGCACUUCAUAAAAAGCUCAAGAAGUUCAUAAGAACUCCAGAGAUACCUUCAAAGCACGUGAGAAACUGGGUCCCCAAGGUUCUGGAGCAGCGACGACAAGGCUUGGAGUUGUACUUGCAGACAGUCAUUUUAGAAAAUGAAGAGCUCCCUAAAAUAUUUCUUGAUUUCCUGAACGUUCGCCACGUACCUACCUUGCCAAAAGCAGAAAGCUGUGGCUCUUUUGAUGAAACAGAAUCUGAGGAAUCAAGCAAACUGUCCCACCAGCCUGUGCUGCUGUUCCUAAGGGAUCCAUAUGUCUUGCCUAAAGCCAACGAUGACUUCCCAAACGUGGUUAUAGAAGGCAUUCUACAUGGAAUAUUUUAUCCUCAUUUACUGCCCAGGUAGAUGUGACGCGAGGCUAGAAGAAGCUGAAUCAAGUCUCUGAGUCAUGUUUGAUGGAAUUAACAGGAAUAAAAUUCUGUGAUGUGAAAAUUACACUCAGAAGCAAGAGGCACAACCUCAGUUUAAGUUCAAGCAUUAUCUUUUUAAACAAAAUCAAUGUCACUACAAUUGCUGCUUUUAAAAAAAAGAUAUGGAAACAACAGUAUUGAAGUUAUUUAUACCUUCUAUAUAUUGACAUGCUCUAACUAUUUAACACUAAAAGCUGAAAGUCAUACACUGAACUACACUAACCUUUGAAAACAAUUGAAAGCUUUACUAAUUGUUUCUGUAAUUUCUAUCAUAAAUUACACUAAACCUUUUUGCAUCAGGAUUUUUCCCAGCACAUUACCCAUUGCUGGCAGUGGAUGGAUUAAAAGUGCUG